CAAUGGGGUGAAAUCUAAAUUCACUUGGUAUUGUUUACUUGUAUCUUCCCAUUGUUAUUUAAGGCUGCAAAUGAUCAGUCUCUUGUUGGCAUAUGUGCAUUCUGUGCAGACUGCCUCAAUAUUACCUGAAGUCACAAGCUAUUUAUUUAUUUAUUUAAACACAUAAACACUGGUAUGAGGAGGCACCAAAUAGAUAUGCGCCACAUAAAUCAGUUGAUUUGUGUGAGGGCUGUAAUACUGCCCGGGUGCCCAGACCGAAGCAGAGUCACAAGCUAAGUACUAGUUAUAUUGUUUCGAGCAUUCUAAUCACUAUCAGAAAUUAUGAAAGGAUGACAUACUGCUGUUACACGGUUCGUGAUUCUCACUUCCAUGAGCAUCUAAAGAAUGCCUCAAGCACUUUGAAGUUAUCGGCAGAACCAGAGCCUUAUGCUGAAGUUUCCACUUUUAUGGAUGAGGAAAUACUAGGAAUUCAACUGAUAAAUAUUACCAACCACCGAUUGAGUGUGGCUUUGGAUACAACUCUAAGUCACGAAGAAGUUGUUUCUAUAGACUCGGGGAAAUUCAAUGACAGAGAUAACAAGAUAGACGAAGAUUCUCAUGCCGACAGACUAUGUGACAUAUGCCACCUUGCUCAGUCGCCAAGUGCGACCGCUGAAGAAAUAACUUGAAUGGUUUGUUACUGCAAUGCUGUUCUUCAUUCGUCUUAUGGCUCAGACACGCAACCUCAAGUCCCUGAUUCGAUUGACCAUUAUGUAGCGCAAUUACCGAAGUGUGGUGGAAGACAUGGCCGUGCUAAAACUUAGCAUCACAGGUAAAACGGCAAAUUCAUAUUUCAGUUACUAGCUGAGAAUCUAAGGUUCUUAUCCCUAUUUCAUAAGGUGAUUGUUAAGGAAAUAAGGAAAUGGGGAGAUGGAAUGAUUGUGGGGUUGGAACCAAGAUAUUGAUAGGAGGCUCUUUUUAGAGUUACGCAUACAUUAAUUUCAAUAUUUAUUUUUUAAUUCGUCACAAAAUGCAUCAAUAAAUCAUUGUAUUUGCAUUCCAUAUACCUUUUCUGUAUUUUCAAUGAUCGUUCAGCCGUCAUUACCUUUAACAUUAAUUAUUCAUGAACUAGUUUUACAAUUGUAUCCGUUCCGUUUUGUAAUUUUUAUUUCAGUAACCCAAUCGCGAUCGUUCUUGUGCAUGGUUAACGAGGUUAUUACAGUCUUUCCGUGCACGUAAUAUGCAGUACUAUAUGGACAUGAUUAUCGCCCGACCAUUGUUACUAGCUUGACGUGGUGGUCGGGCUUGCCUAUCAUGAUGAACCAAUCGAUCUAUACUGGCUGAAACAAUCGUUAUUCAAUAUUGCUUGAAGAACGGCAAGACUAAAAGUAGCAAACCCAAUGUCCGAAGGCGAAGUCGUACUGCUGACUGUACAGAGGUGUGAUAGCAGUAAGGUGUUUCCUUCAGACAACCAGCAUGACAGUGAUUCUGCCUUCCCACAGGGAGGGGUUGGGUUAGAAAAGGUCGAACUUAAAAAUGCACACCUUACCUUAUCUCAUGGAUAUCCGUCUCCAGUGAUAAGGUCUCAACAAGUGUGGAGCUAACACGAAAAUUACUCAUAAAAAGAUCAUGUGUGACCGACCUCAAGCAGUUGUCUCUUGGGCACUGCGGUCACGCUCUCAGGUCACUAUGACCAUCUCUAAUCCAAUUUCCUUUUCAGGUACCUCCAGAAGGACCCUUAUACGGUGUAGGCAGCCGGAAAGUGAUGACCAUUCUUAUGCCUCUAACAGCACUCAAGACCACUGUAUUCAUAAUCAACCUCCCUCUUCAAUUUUUAUUGUUUCUCCUACAUCGAAUGACUAACAUGAUUAUCGGUACGUAUGUAUCGAAUCCGUUUCGUUGAAUGUGCCAGAUAAGAGCAGUCAUCCGAUAUUACCCAUUUUUGUUUUACAUCUUAUACGUGAAUAUGUGAAACAUUCACUAAGCCAUAUGUUCUUCAAGCAUGGAAAUAUAAGAAUACGUUCAGCCUUAUAUUUAUAAAAUCUUUAUUAUGUGAGAUAAGGCUAAUUUUUAUUAGCAUUCAUCUAUAAGCAAUAUCUGUUAUCUUACUUUUUUACUUACUUACUUACACCUGUUACUCCUCAUGGAGGAGCAUAGGCCACUCACCAGUACUCUCCAUCCAAUCCUAUCCUGGGCAAUCCUUUCCACUUCUUUCUAGUUAUUAUUUAUCUUUCUCACGUCUACUUUCGAUUCCCG